AUGAAUCGUUCCAGCAAGAGCAGUACACUCCGUAAGACGGCCGGCUAUUCCAGUCUGAUAACAUUCGCCGUCCUGUUGCUGGCAUGGCUGUGCGGUUUCUCCAGCCGGCUGUUUGCUGUGAUCCGUUUCGAGAGCAUUAUCCACGAAUUCGAUCCAUGGUUCAACUACCGUGCCACGGCACACAUGGUGGAGAAUGGAUUCUACAAGUUCCUGAACUGGUUUGAUGAAUCCGCCUGGUAUCCGCUGGGUCGUAUUGUCGGCGGUACCGUGUACCCCGGUCUUAUGAUCACGUCGGGUGGCAUCCAUUGGUUGCUACAUACGCUCAACAUUCCGGUGCACAUUCGCGACAUCUGCGUGUUUCUAGCACCGAUCUUUAGCGGGCUGACCGCCAUCUCGACGUACCUGCUGACGAAGGAGCUAUGGUCGGCCGGUGCCGGGUUGUUCGCCGCCAGCUUCAUUGCUAUCGUACCCGGCUAUAUUAGCCGCUCGGUGGCGGGAUCGUACGAUAACGAAGGUAUCGCGAUUUUCGCCCUACAGUUCACCUACUAUCUUUGGGUGAAAUCGGUGAAAACCGGCAGCGUGUACUGGGCAGCAUGUACGGCACUCUCCUACUUCUACAUGGUGUCCGCGUGGGGCGGCUACGUGUUUAUCAUCAAUCUGAUCCCGCUGCAUGUGUUCGUGCUGCUGAUUAUGGGCCGCUAUUCGCCACGUCUGUUUACCUCCUACACGACGUUCUACAUUCUGGGACUGAUCCUUUCGAUGCAAAUUCCAUUCGUUGGUUUCCAACCGAUUCGCACGAGUGAGCAUAUGGCAGCGUCCGGUGUGUUCCUGCUGCUGUUCGCCGUUGCCGUACUGAAGCACGUUCAAACAGUGCUGUCGAAGCAAGAAUUCAAGCGGCUUUUCCUCAUCGGUGGUUUGCUGGCAGCUGGUGUCGUAUUCGCCGGUGUAGUACUGCUUACGAUGCUCGGCGUGAUAGCACCCUGGAGCGGACGGUUCUACUCGUUGUGGGAUACCGGGUACGCGAAAAUUCACAUUCCGAUCAUUGCGUCCGUGUCGGAGCAUCAACCGACGACGUGGUUCUCGUUCUUCUUCGAUCUUCACAUUUUGGUGUGCACCUUCCCAGUGGGACUGUGGUAUUGCAUCAAGAAGAUCAACGAUGAGCGUGUGUUCGUCGUGCUGUACGCGAUCAGUGCCGUGUACUUUGCGGGUGUAAUGGUGCGUCUAAUGCUGACGCUGACACCCGUCGUAUGCAUACUGGCUGGAGUGGCAUUUUCCGGGCUGCUGGAAGUAUUCCUGAAGGAGGACAACGCGGCCGGUGCCAAAGAGAGCGGUGGAGAAGGCGAGGGAGAAGAUGCAAGCGGAGAGAAGAAGCAAAUGUACGAUAAGGCAGGCAAACUUAAGCACCGCCCGAAACAUGACCUCACAUCGCAUAGCGCACAUGGAGAACAGAAUACGGGACUUGGUUCGAACGUAAAAAACAUAGUGAUAGUCGCCAUUUUGAUGUUGCUCAUGAUGUUUGCGGUGCACUGCACGUGGGUUACGUCCAACGCCUACAGCUCGCCCUCAAUUGUGCUCGCUUUCUACAACAGUAACGAUGGUACUCGUAACAUUCUGGAUGAUUUCCGUGAGGCCUACUACUGGCUGUGGCAAAACACUGCACCGGAUGCUCGCGUCAUGUCCUGGUGGGACUAUGGCUAUCAGAUAGCGGGUAUGGCAAACAGGACUACGCUGGUAGAUAAUAAUACUUGGAACAAUAGUCAUAUCGCGCUCGUCGGCAAAGCUAUGUCCUCACCCGAGGAAAAAGCGUACGAAAUCAUGACCUCUCUCGAUGUCGACUACGUGCUAGUGAUCUUUGGUGGUGUGAUCGGCUACUCUGGGGAUGACAUCAAUAAGUUCCUCUGGAUGGUGCGUAUUGCAGAGGGCGAACAUCCGAAGGAUAUACGCGAAAGCGAUUACUUUACCGAUCGGGGCGAGUUCCGUAUCGAUUCGGAGGGUGCACCUGCACUGUUGAACUGUUUGAUGUACAAACUGAGCUACUACAAGUUUGGUGAAUUGAAGCUCGACUACAGAGGUGCUGCUGGAUACGAUCGCACCCGUAAUGCAGUGAUCGGUAACAAGGACUUUGAGCUGACGUAUCUCGAAGAGGCGUACACGAGCGAACAUUGGCUUGUACGCAUCUACCGUGUGAAGAAACCGCACGAAUUCAACCGGCCCGCCCUGAAGCCGGACGAACGGGUACUGCCGGCUGGCGAUUUUGUGUCGCGCAAGACUACCAAACGAAGGAAAGGGCUAAUCAAAAACCGUCCUGUUGUAGUGAAGGGCAAGCGGAAUAAGUAA